AUGGCUGGUACAGAGGUGAGAAGACGUCGGCCAUCCCCAUCGGAGCCACAGACUUCCGACGAGGCAAAAUUCGACCAGCCUUCUGCCAGCCAAGAGCCAUGCGCAGCAAGAAACUAUGGCCGUUCGAAAAACGCAUACCGACUACCGUGGCCGGUUCGCCAUUUCCCCUACUACUGUUUCUACGGCUUUUGGUUCAUCUUUGGGCUGCUCGUCAUACGGAAAACCAACAAUGCUAUCUCAGCCGUACGUUACGUGAAAGCACACGGACCAUCGGUGGGCGUGGACAUACUGGAGAAUUCAAGGGAAUUCGACGCGUUGGUCCGGAUGUUAGAUCGCGAAUUCAUGCGACCGCCGGCUUUUUUGAUGCUCAACCAGUUUGCGUUGAACAUGACGGACAACUUUCUAUGCAAUACACAGUCGCUCGGCGUACACGAUAGAUUCAUCUUUGUGACAUUAGACACGGUUGCCCGCGACGCGAUGCGGAAACGUUGGCCCAACAUCCGGCAAUUCCACUGGCCAACUCCUUCACUAUAUAAACCAUUUUCCUUCGCUGAGGGCCCAUAUCAGAUGAUCUACCUGCUGAGGGCGAAUCUUGCUAUUUCCCUGAUUCGGCGUGGGAAAAGCUUCUGGAUGAUGCAACAGGACACAUUUUGGCGCAAGAAUCUGUUUGACUUGAACUACGAGGAUGACCUCAGCUACGACGCGAUUUUCGAUCAGAUCGGCAUCGAUGAGACAUCGGAACGGGCCGAAUGGGUCAACGGCGCCAACUGGUUCAUCCGGGCCGGUAAUAACACACUCGAAUUCUUUGAGCGCCUCUCUGACAAGCUGGCUCAUUGGUACACGCCGGACAUGGGCAUCAUGAUUCACCAGUGCCACACCUGGGGCAGCGUCAAAUGUGCUUAUAUUCCCCACAAAGUGGCCCACAGUUGGGAAUGGAUGUACACAGAUCAACAGCACCCACCCCACAUCAUCCAACUCGACUGCGAGACGGACGGAGGCAGCAAGCUGAUGCAACUCGGAAAAUUCGGCUUCCACUUCACGAAUAGAGAUGGGACGUGUAACGAGGAAAAGGUAUUAUUGGCGCGGGCUCGGAUGGCAAAUGGUACCGUCUCGGCAGGGUAUCAGCGGGCCACUUUCCCGAGUUGGGGACGCCUUCAGUUCAAGGCGUAUUGGUAUAUUGUCGACUGUAUCAUUUGGACGCCGUACAUCGGACCACUACUGAAGCCGUAUCUCCCACUGGUCGGAUAUAUUCUAAUGAUCACCAUG